AUGCCGUCCACCACUAUACCUCAAAACGCCCCAGCCAUCCUCCUCGGUGGCGGCCGUUUCGGCUACAAAGAAACCUCAGCCGUCACCAACAUCACCGAAGUCUCCCAACUCCAGCCCCUAGUCGACGUCCUCCACGCCCACGGCCACACCACAAUCGACACCUCCCGCCUCUACCCAGCCUUCGGCACGCACGGCGGCUCCGAGACGCUCAUCGGCCUUACCACCCAUACCCAAUUCGGUGGUCUAGUCGACACCAAGGUCCUCUCCAAUCCCGGCGACCACUCCCCCGAGAAGCUGCGCGCCUCGAUUCAUGGCAGCCUCAAGUCACUCGGCGUUGGCAAGAUCAACACAAUCUACCUGCACUACCCCGAUCGCACAACACCCUUGACUGUUUCCGUGCCCGUCAUCGCUGGAUUCGUCGUUGAGGGUCUGGCUAGCCGCUGGGGUCUCUCCAACUACUCCCUCUCCGAAGUAAAAGAAAUCAUCUCCAUCUGCACAACCCAAAACCUUCCCCUCCCAGCAGUCUACCAAGGCCACUACAACGCGCUCGUGCGCUCCGCUGAGGCUGAGCUCUUCCCCUUGCUGCGAAAACAUGGGAUAAGUUUCAUUGCGUGGAGCCCGUCUGCGAGCGGCGCGUUUGAUGCGAGCUCGAGUCUGCUGACGCAGGAGGGGGCCGUAGGCGACCUCCAACGCCGGUUCUACGGCUUUCCGCAAGCACGUGCUGCCAUCAAACACGUUCAGGACUUGGGCACAAAAUAUGGGAUUUCGGGACAUGAGGUUGCGUUGAGGUGGGUGAGAUAUCAUUCUGCGCUGGAUGACUCAAAAGGAGAUGGUAUGAUAGUGGCCGCGAGGAACGAGGCACGUCUGGAGGAGACAUUGACGGGACUUGAGCGUGGACCACUGCCCGAGGAAAUUGCGGAUGCGGUCUCGGGUGUAUGGGAGCAGGUCAAGGAGGGUGUUCCAGGGGACUGGGAUUGGAUUGGGGACUGGGCGCCUGAGGAGAGGAGUGAGGUGAAGAAUAUGGAGGGGGAGGGGGUGGUUGGGAAGGGAGAGACGACGGCUGCGCAGGUUGAGGUUAGGGAGGUGAAGUAA